CCACACACUUGACAUAGGCCAUUAUCUUGAAGGUAAAAUCACAUGAUCUGAUCAACUGAGGACAUAGGCGAUUUUACCAUAGGUGACCGGCGUCAUGAGGAGAUGAUUUAGGCAAAAAAAAAAAAAAUCAACAAUUUUGACAAAAAAUGACUUAUGCGAUUAUUUUAACAGUGUGACGAUAUUAAAACAAAUGGGAUCGCUCCGUUGCAUGUAUCGGUCAUGAGGAACAACAAUUUACAUACAGUCUAUGGGAACAACCGGUCACUUUUAAGCGAAAGUUUUAUUUUGACGAUUCUCCCUUCAGAAUAAAAGAGACAUUUUAGUAAUUGAUUAUAUUCCUUUGACAAACUGCCACGUGUAUUGGAAAUAUAUCGUGAAAAGCCUGUUCGGGGCUCCAGAUGGCAGCGAGCACAAAGGCCCCGGAGCCCUGGUACCUAGCCCUGCUGGGCUUUGCAGAACAUUUCCGCACGUCUAGUCCUCCAAAGAUCCGUCUGUGCGUCCAGUGUCUGCAGGCAGUGCUUAAAUUCAAGCCGCCUCCGAGGGUCGAGGCCGGGACUCACCUUCAGAUGGGCUCGGUGCUGUAUCGACAUACAAAGAACAGCGAGCUGGCCCAGACUCACCUGGAGAAAGCGUGGUUCAUAUCCCAACAAGUAUCCUUUUUAUAUAUCUCCCAGUUUGAAGAUGUGAAGUUUGAAGCAUCAAGUAUUCUAUCAGAGUUCUACUGUCAGCAGAACUUGGUUGAUUCUGCAAAACCAGUGAAGGCCAUUCAGAUUUCUCAGCAAAUUCCCUACUGGCACUGCAGACUACUUUUCCAGCUGGCACAACUACAUGCAUUAGAGAAGGACUUGGUGUCUGCCUGUGACCUCCUAGGAGUCGGAGCAGAGUAUGCAAGAGUCAUGGGCUCAGAGUACACAAGAGCUCUGUUUUUACUCAGCAAAGGAAUGCUGCUGCUGAUGGAGCAGAAGCUGAGUGAGGUGCACCCUCUGCUGACGCUAUGUGGGAACAUUGUAGAAAACUGGCAGGGAAACCCCAUUCAGAAGGAGUCCCUCAGGGUUUUUUUCCUGGUGCUGCAGGUUACACACUACCUGGAUGCUGGACAAGUGAAGAGCGUGAAGCCGUGUCUGAAACAGCUUCAGCAGUGUAUUCAGACCAUCUCCACUCUUCACGAUGAUGAGAUCCUUCCCACUAAUCCAGCAGCUCUUUUCCACUGGCUGCCCAAGGAGCAAAUGUGUGUGCUUGUGUACCUGGUGACGGUGAUGCACUCCAUGCAGGCAGGCUACUUGGAGAAGGCACAGAAGUACACAGACAAAGCUCUAAUGCAGCUGGAGAAGCUGAAGAUGCUGGACAGCAAUCCCAUCCUGUCCACGUUCCAAGGCAUCCUGCUGGAGCACAUCAUCAUGUGCCGGCUGGUCACUGGACACAAGGCUGCAGCUUUACAAGAGAUUUCUCAGGUUUGUCAGCUUUGCCAGCAGUCUCCCAGGCUGUUCACAAAUCAUGCUGCCCAGCUUCACACACUACUGAUAGGUCUACAUGGUCUGUCCUGUAUAUCUGUGAACUGCAUGGAUAAUGCUGAGGCUCAGUUCACUGCUGCUCUACAGUUGACAACACACCAGGAAUUGUGGAUGUUUAUUGUGACCAACCUGGCCAGUGUCUACAUCUGGGAGGGCAACAGACAUCAAGAGGUGUACAGCCUUCUAGAGAGGAUUAAUCCUGAUCACAACUUUCCUAUCAGCUCUCAUUGUCUACGAGCUGCAGUGUUUUACAUCAGUGGGCUCCUGUCUUUCUUCCAGGGACGUUACAACGAGGCCAAAUUUCUAAGAGAGACCCUGAAGAUGUCUAAUGCUGAGGAUCUCAACAGGCUGACUGCCUGCUCUCUUGUCCUGCUGGGUCACAUCUUCGUUGUCCUGGGUAACCACAAGGAAAGUAACAACAUGGUGGUUCCUGCCGUGCAGCUGGCCAGCAAGAUCCCAGACAUGUCUGUGCAGCUCUGGUCCUCCGCACUCCACAAAGAUCUGAACAGGGCUUGUGGAAACACCAUGGAUGCCCACGAAGCAGCUCAGAUGCACUUUUCCCAGCAGCUCCUGCAAGACCACAUCGCUGCCUGCAGCCUCCCUGAACACAACCUCAUCAGCUGGACAGACGGCCUCCCCCCUGUGCAGUUUCAGCCUCAGAAUGGACCUGUGACCAGCCUGGCCAGCCUGCUAUGA